GCUGGAAUCAGAAUGAGACAGUUGGGGAGACUGAAUGUCCUACUGUUGGUCCUGCUGGGACCUGUCUAUGCUUUGGCCCAUUCUGUGUCCUCUGAGAGGAGUCGGCGGCAGGGGAGCCAAUGGUGGCAAGACUACCAUUCUGUUGUAUCUAACUAUGGCCCCAGUAGGGGGACUAACGGCCUGGGCUUCGGCUCUAGGCAGCUCCCCGGCUCCCCCCAGAACACGGUCAGUGUGCGCUGCAAUGAGGACAAGAUGGUGGUGACGGUGCAGACGGAUCUCUAUGGGAUUGGGAAGAACGUCAAGGCCUCCGACUUGACUCUGGGACCCCAGCGAUGCCCCCCCAGUGCCCCCCAGAGCACAAGCACUGCCGUUGUCUUCCAGGUUAACCUGCAGGACUGUGGGAACAGCUUACAGAUGACUCCCAACUUCCUGGUCUAUAGCACCAACCUGACCUACGCUCCUGCCCCCAGGAAUGUUCCCAUUAUCCGGAUGAAUGGUGCCAAGGUUCUCAUUCAGUGCUUCUAUCCCAGGAAUGGAAAUGUCAGUAGUAAGGCCAUCAAACCAACAUGGGUGCCAUUUAGCUCCACCAUAUCUGCUGAAGAUAGACUAGCAUUCUCCUUACGCCUUAUGACCGAUGACUGGUCUGCUCCAAGGGCUUCUAAUGUCUUCCAGUUGGGCGACGUCUUCCACAUAGAAGCUUCCAUCAACAUUGCCAACCAUGCACCUAUGACUAUAUAUGUUGACAGUUGUGUGGCCACAGUUGCGCCUGAUGUCAACUCCAACCCUCGUUAUGAGAUAAUUAAUCAAAAUGGGUGUCUGGUAGAUGGGAAACAAGAUGACUCCUCUUCUGCCUUCCGAUCUCCAAGGACCCAGCCUGACAAGCUUCAGUUCUCUGUUGAUGCCUUCAGGUUUACUACAACCGAUGCCUCUGUGAUUUACAUCACUUGCAAUCUGAGAGCUGCUGCUGCCACCCAAGUCCCAGACACCAUGAACAAGGCUUGCUCCUUCAGCAAAUCCGCAAACAGUUGGUCUCCUCUUCAAGGACCCAGUAACAUAUGCAGCUGCUGUGAUGCGGGGAACUGUGUGUCGGUACCAUCCCAAAGCCGAAGACUGGGACCAUACUUUUCAGGCUCUAGGUGGAACAGGAAACGGGAAGCCGUGCAUGUAUCUAAGAUGGAGGAGGAAGAACAUAGCUUGGCCACUCUAGGGCCCAUAUUGGUGGUCACCCCUGAAUACACUCAAACACAAGCUCUAAAGCAGGAACCGGAGAGCAAGACCUUGGAACUGUGGGAGCUUCUGGCGUUGGGUUCUUUGGGGCUUGUUGUGCUGGCUGGUUGUGUUGCUGUUGUGGCCACUAAGCUCAUGAAAAGGAAGCAAUAUGUAUCUACUAUCCAGAAAUAAAAGACAACAUUUCAACUGAAAA